AACGUCGGCUAUCGCCGAUAGACGGCGUGCGGCGGAGCAGUUCAUUUCUGUAAUGGCCGCCGUCUGGCGUUGUCGGUGAAUCGGUCUCUUUCAGAAUCUCGCGAAGAAAAAUUUGCACAACAUUAUCGUUCACGAAAAUCCAGUGUACAGCAAUCCACGUAACAAGAGGUGUGGUGUUCGCUCGUGCAUAGUGCGUAUGGUGGUGUAUAAUUGUGACUUCAGGGUGGACGGUCUAUCGAAAAAAUUCAAAUCGGAUGUGCGUGGUGUCCCACUGUUUACUCGACCCACCGAUCGUUCAGAGUGGUAGAUUAAAAAAAUCGUGCUAGUAACAGGAAGAAUCGCAGAUCGAGAUCGCACGAUAUGCAAUCGAACAUCAUCGAUCAACGUCGAGUCGUGUCGGGGUCGCACGAUUCCCUCGAACCGACGUUCGCCUUCGGACAGUAAACAAAAGUGACAGCGUGCGGAUGCCGUUCGGUCAUGCCUCCCGUCUCGUCCGUGUUUGCCGACAGUAUUUGACGUCUUGUUCUUCUGCGAGCUCGAAUUCCCUCACGUGGUUCAAGGUCUUCUAAAAUCAACUUAACGUCACGUUGCCAACAGACCCAGUGAGUUUCACGCCACUUUCGCGAUCGAAUGUAUUAUCUCGAGUGUGUUGUCACUGACAGCAACACUGAGCGCGCUUUUCCCGGUUUUCGUUUAUGUGUUCUCGUGUAUUCUCCAAGGACUUGUCCCAGAAUUUUUGACACGAAGAACGUAAUAUCUUCAUAGAGCAUAAAAAGGAAAUCACUGGAUACAUCAAUCUCAGUUUUGCAGAAAAGCUGAAGUCUCCUUCCGUAUUUCGAGAACGCUCGAAGAGGAGAAGAGAGAUGUGCCAACUUCCGUCGCUGCGGAUGUUCCACGUGCUCCCCGAGUUCAUCGACGCCUUGUCGCACUGCGUCCCGUGCUAGGGCCAUGUCCUAGCGACACGUUCGACGCGUGACCCACCCACUGCCAGAAACAGAGACUCCGCGUAUACGAACAAUAGCCGAACAAAUUAAAAUUCUUAAAUGUGAUCCCUCGCACACUCGCGCGCUUGUGAUCGAACUCCCUGAACCUGAUCAUCCCUGAGAUGCCGGGCCACCGCCCCGAGGACGCAGCUCGUCGCCUCGAGUGUCUUCCUCGUCGAGUGGCCACGCUCCUUUGAAUGCAACAGUAUUCGGGCGCGCGACACUGAGAGGCCAGCCACAAGACUGAUACCAAUCCGUGUAAUGCGGCGCGCAGAGGCGGCGACCUUCCGUCCCGAUUCAAGCUGCUCAAUCUUCCCGCAAUAACGGCGAAAAUGUUCGGCAAGGUGCCACCCUCGAACACACCAGGGCCACCUACGGCGAACGAUGGAACGUCGAAAUCGUGCGCCAGGCCGACGGCCACCACUUGCCUGCCUUGUUUCUCGGUGGACGAGGCCCCACCCAUCCUCAGCGACGAGAAGUCGAAGCCUUGGAGGCCCAAGGAAAACGUGCCCGCGGUGGUCUCGGAGGCGCCUUCCACGGGGAUCGAGGAUAAACAGAAGCUGUGGAGAUCCAAGGAGAGUUGCAACGCGUCCGCGAUGUCGGAGCCACCGUGCAUCACGGACGACAAGUCGAAGCCGAAGAGGGCGAAGGAAGGAUCGUGUUCCUCGAACGAGUGUCCCGAGGACAGGUCGAAAUGCUGGUGGCCCAAGGAGGCCGCCAACGAGCCAUCCUCGACCGAGGAUAAACCGAAAGUGAGGAGAUGCAGGGAGAUGUGCGCGUCGUCCGAGUGCCACCUCGCCGUGGACGACAAGUCCAACUUUUCUUCCCAAUCCGAGGUGAGCAGAGCCGAGGCGACCGGCUGCUCGGUCGCCAAGAACUGCUCCAAAUACUCGAAGGAGGCAGGCCACGGGAGGCUGAAGAGCCUGGCCAGCCACAAGUGCUCGUCGAACUCGAAUUGCGUCAACUUGGCGAAAUCCAACAACUGCGCGCCGGCCUCGAAGUCGCAAAGGGUACUGUGUUCCACCAGCCUGGGCAAUCUGAACGUGGACAGCAGUGUGGGUAGCCCGAGGGAUUCCUCGAAGCUGGUGAAGAAACACGGUGGUCUGAACCGCGAGUUUCUCACCGGUAAGGAGCAGCAUUUGCCUGGAAAGUCUGUUUCUCAGAGGCAGGUCGGCCAAGUUGCAGGAGGGGCCAAGUCUGGCAGCAGGUCUUCCGAUGCGGGCCAUCGGCCCUCCGAUUCCAACGACGAGGCUGCCAACUCGUCGAUGGACUACACCGCCAUUUCUGUGAUCCAGUCGACCGACGAGCCCUGCCAGAAGUCCAAGUACCACGCGAGUGAGAACGUGGACAUCGUGGACAUGGUCGUCUCGGCAACUUCCGCCACCUGCGAGCAAAGAAACUGCAGGGGAGAUUUUGCCACCUCGACACCUGCCAAGGAUUGGAUGAAGUCUAACGGUGACGCGUUGCAGCAGAGCUGCGUUUCCUGUCUGCCCCAGGAUCUUCCUACGGAGCUGCAGCUGUCCUCGCCGAGGAAUUACAGGGAGAAGUGCCGUGACCCGUGGCGGCCCACCGAAAUGGAGAGCAAUAUUUGCAACCUGAACGUGUGCCCCGGUGAUGCGCAUCAGGAUACGAGCACGAAGAGGAGGACGGGCGCUUCCUGUCAGGCGUUGAGGCACGCGGUCGCCUCGUUGAACCGAUUGGACGAUUUUUAUAUGGAGAAGAUCGGCGCUGGCUUCUUCUCGGAGGUCUUCAAGGUUACUCACAAAGUGACGAGUCAGGUGAUGGUCCUGAAGAUGAACCAGCUGCCCGCGAACAGACCGAACAUGUUGAAAGAGGUCCAGCUGAUGAACAAGCUCAGCCAUCCAAACAUACUCAGGUUUAUGGGGGUUUGCGUCCACGAGGGACAACUGCAUGCCCUCACGGAAUAUAUAAACGGUGGCAGUUUAGAGCAAUUGAUCAUGUCUAGGCACACGUCUUUACCCCAUCUAAUCAGAAUGAAUCUAGCAAAAGACGUAGCACGUGGCAUGACCUAUCUUCACAGUCGUGGACUCUUCCAUCGAGAUCUCACGUCUAAGAACGUUUUGAUCAAGAAGGACGAGAACACUUUUGAAAUGACCGCCGUGGUUGGAGAUUUUGGAUUGGCUGCAAAAAUUCCAGAUCCAAGCUCUGGAUAUAGAUUGAGCACAGUAGGCAGUCCGUAUUGGAUGUCGCCUGAAUGCUUGAAGGGUCAAUGGUACGAUCAUAGAUCAGACGUUUUCUCGUUCGGUAUAGUAGUUUGUGAGCUUAUCGGCCGUGUGCCUGCCGAUCCGGAUGUUCUACCACGGUCGGAUAAUUUUGGCCUCGAUUACCUAGCCGUGGCAGAGAUCUGUGCAGCAGCUGAUCCGCCGCCAGCCUUCCUGCAGCUCGCCUUCAAUUGUUGCACUUAUGAACCAAAAUCAAGACCGACCUUCCCAGAAAUUACCUCCAGCCUAGAGACUAUGAUCACCAAUUACGAGGAAUCUAAAAACAACAUAGGCAAGCGUCAAUCCGUGGAUCCCAGUCUCAUGUCCAGCAUGGACGAGAUUACGAGAGAAGGACGUUCAACUAAACGUAAAACCGCUCGUCUUCGGAGCCAAUCAGCCGAUGCGAGAGGUUGCGACAAUGCGACACCUUCCGACAAAGCGAGAUGUCACUCUGCAAGGAGGGUAGCGGAGUUGGCAAGCAGAAGGGAUCCACAUUACAGACCUAUGACGGCGAAUCCGUUCCAUGCGUUGGGCGGUGUGAAGAAAAUUCUUGGUGACUUGUUCUCUAGUUGUCUGGAACUUCCAUCUCUGGAAGAUGUCAGGCCAAGCGUCACCGAUGCUAUCGCCAAAUUCAAACCUGCGCAGAACGACAGUAUCGCGAAGAUCUUGGACAGAAAGAAACCUAAUUCGGAACCUAGUAGUCCUACUGCCAGGAAAAAAUGGGAAAGAAAGGUGGCCACGAAGGUAGGCGCAGCCAGCUUGUUCAUGCAUCCGCUUUUCCGAGACGGAUGGGAGCCAAGAAGGCGCGGCAGCUGCGAAUCAGGUUUCUGGAGUUGCGUAGGUGAAGAUCUCAGCCCAGAGCCACCAAAUCGUCGUCAUACCUCGACUCUAAGCAGUUCUGCUGCGAGCAGUCUUUUCUUAUUAGAUGAUCAUCGAACCAGUUCUAUUUACACCGACUCCUCCGAGGACAUAGCCAGCCUAGGUGGUGGUGAUUCCUGUUGGGAGGACAGAUUAAGCGGCAUAGGGUCUUCCAGUAAAACAAUCUCCAAGAUAGUCGAAUAUUUUGAGAAAAAACAAGCUGGUAGCUUGCGUUUAACCGAUUACGAUGCCGGCUCCAGCAGAUUAACCUUGCUUAAGGCCAGCUUGGAGGGUCCUGUACCACUGUGCAACAUCUCAGCUGCGCAGAGAUUGGUCGUUUGCGAGGGUGCUGUGCGCAGCAAACUAUCCUUGUUUGACAAAAAGUGAUACGCGUCACUUGCACGUCGUAGAAUUCGUUCCUUAGGGUUUCUUGGUUCUCUCUGCCGAUAUCUGUGGACCGUGUGAAACACAGGUGUCUAUAAAGAAGAAGCGCUUCGACGAUUGUGAAAUUCUUGAAGAGUGGCGGCUCAUAUCGAUGCGACGAAAAUAUUGGAGAAAAGUAACGAUCAGGGGAGGAAGUAAGGUCUAACGAUCGGGUCGCACGCGAAAGAAAAAUUAGGGGAAUCGAAGUUGAAUCGAUUAUAUUUUCAUUGGACUUUGAAAUGGUUUAAAGGGGUUUGAACAGGGUCAGUAUUAACUACUUAAAUUCGAGUUAUCCGGUUUUUCAAAUCCAAUGGAAAUACAAUCAAUUAUUGAAGUUCAGCGGACGCUUCUCUAAAAAAAUCUAGUAACCCGACUGUGAUCUUUUUUGAUAAUCUACAUACAUUAUUGAUGUCCUUACACGACUAUUGUUUGAAGCUGUCGGCGCGAGUUCCUCUUUUCGCGUGCGACCAUCGUUUUUCUCGCUAGUGCACUUUUAAAAAAUAUCUUUGUAUACUCGAUAGCCGAUCAAUUUUAAAAAAUGAUUCUUUCACUUUUAGAUGUCAAUAGUUCUUUGCACGAAAAUGGAAACGUUUCUUGCGUUUUUGUAACUCAAAAUACUUGAGAAUUUUAAAACUAUCAUAUUUUUCCCUAUAGGACGUACUAUUUAGAAAAGAGAAAGAAGAGGUGAAACGAAAAAAAGUUUUAGAGCGAUCGAGAAGAAAGCAAUACACGUUUCAUUUUUGAGACUGCGGCAUUCGAUUGCCAGUAAAAAUCGCUGCUCAUGUUUCUUACCUUUUUGCAGUGCCUCGCAGUUCCUAGUUAGCCACCUCCGUCCUUAUCCACGUCAACCGACUUUUUAUCGAUUACUAAAUGACGAUCGUAGAAAAUCGAAAUAUGAAUUUUUCAUUAUGCUCGAAAAAAGAAAUUUUUUUUUGAUUUUACAUCGUGAAGAAAUUUUACAUUGUAAUCGAUUCCUAACAGUCUCCUCCUACUUGGUUUAUACCGCGUUACUUUUCGAAGACGCCGAUAUUCGAAGUUGACAUUGUUCAGCCGCGUUGCUCUUGCAUCUAAGAACGAGAAUGUUGAGGUAAACAUGGAAAACUAUGGCGAUAUGCAAUAAAAGGCGGUACAUUUUAAAAAAUUUUUUUUUUAAAGUAGAAAGGAAAAAGAAACGUUUAAUUUAAAAAAAAAUUUUAAAUUAGAGACGAGUUGAAACUUAAUUUUUAAAUUCGUGAAGAUUGAAUUUGAAUCUUCUGAAAUAUUUCAAAAUAUUUUUUUUUUUUUAAAUUAAAAUUUUAAUUUCUGAAUCUUGAUUUCUGAAAUUUUUUGAACUUGUAAAAAAUUAUUUUUAUUUUUUACUUUUUAUUUUUUAAUUUCUUUCUUUUUUUUUUUUUAUUUGUAAGUUAUUGUAAUGAUAAAAUCGAUGAAAUUGUAUUAAUUAAAACAAAUAUGAAGUUUAAA